AUGGAGGACAUCUUACAGUGUCACAGAGAGGACAUCUUACAGUGUCACACAGACGACAUCUUACAGUGUCACACGGAGGACAUCUUACAGUGUAACACAGAUGACAUCUUACAGUGUCACAUAGAAGACAUCUUACAUUGUCACAGAGAGGACAUCUUACAGUGUCACACAGACGACAUCUUACAUUGUCACAGAGAGGACAUCUUACAGUGUAACACAGAGGACAUCUUACAGUGUCACAUAGAAGACAUCUUACAUUGUCACAGAGAGGACAUCUUACAGUGUCACAUAGAGGACACCUCACAGUGUCACACGGAGGAAAACUCACAGAGUCACAUGGAGGACAUCUUACAGUGUCACAUAGAGGACACCUCACAGUGUCACACGGAGGAAAACUCACAGUCACAUGGAGGACACCUCACAGUGUCACACAGAGGACAUCUUACAGUGUCACAGAGAGGACAUCUUACAGUGUCACAUAGAGGACAUCUUACAGUGUCACAGAGGACACCUCACAGUGUCACAUGGAGGACAUCUCACAGAGUCACAUGGAGGACUUCUCAGUGUCACAGAGAGGACAUCUUACAGUGUCACAGAGAGGACAUCUUACAGUGUAACACAGAGGACAUCUUACAGUGUCACAUAGAAGACAUCUUACAUUGUCACAGAGAGGACAUCUUACAGUGUCACAUAGAGGACACCUCACAGUGUCACACGGAGGAAAACUCACAGAGUCACAUGGAGGACAUCUUACAGUGUCACAUAGAGGACACCUCACAGUGUCACACGGAGGAAAACUCACAGUCACAUGGAGGACACCUCACAGUGUCACACAGAGGACAUCUUACAGUGUCACAGAGAGGACAUCUUACAGUGUCACAUAGAGGACAUCUUACAGUGUCACAGAGGACACCUCACAGUGUCACAUGGAGGACAUCUCACAGAGUCACAUGGAGGACUUCUCACAGUGUCACAGAGAGGACAUCUUACAGUGUCACAGAGAGGACAUCUUACAGUGUCACAUAG